UCUGAUGACAGCCCAAUCCUUAGCCAGGCUUAUGACCUGUCCGAACCCAAGGUGGAUACUCCAUCCUCUACUGAGGAGGGCACUACUCAGGCGACGGACUUCGACCUGCCCUAUAGUGAGCUGUACUCUCAAGGGCCUAAGGAUCUGCUCGUCUCGGUCGACAAGGGUCCUAUAGUACUCAAGAAUGGGAAAGUCAUCAUUGCUCGCCGUAUGACCAUGCAGCUGCCCUUCAUUGGUGCUGGUCGUACUCCACCCUUUCGGUUGAGGCAGCUCAUCCGCCGUGACUUGGCCCUGCUCAGCCGAUUGCAGCAAUCGGGUCAUCUCGAGAUUUAUGACGGUCUUCUGGACUCCUUCAAAAAGGCCCGCUAUAUUCGGCCCGUGACGACCACUGAUGUCGAGGCCGACCUAACUGACUCCUACUACAUGCCUCACUUCCCAGUGUUCACUGCUUCCAAGACCAGUCCGUGCCGUCCGGUGUGGUGUGGUAACGAGCUCUCCUCCUACCUCUGUCGCGGAUAUAUCUCAGAUGUGGAGGCUACCAUUAUCAGUUCAUGGAUGGCGCUGCGCACUAGCCCUUUCUAUGCGACCACAGAUCUCAGCCGUGCGUUCUACUCGCUCAAGGUCAAGAAAAGUGAUCGCAAGUACCAGCGCUUUAUCUACCGUGGAUCUGCCUUCGAGUUCGCCGUUGUCAUGAUGGGUUUGCGUCCCAGUCCGGCCAUGCUUAUGCGAGCUUUGCGUCCUAUCGCUUCUCUGGCAAUGUACAUAUUGACGUUUCUCUUCGGUGACCCCGGUCCGCAGGGAUCCGCUAUCGAUCCUGCUUUU